UAAUCAUGAAUUUUUCUUUAUUUGUAUUUCUGACUCUGUCGAGGCACGAGGAGAUGGUUGCCGGCGCAAACUCGUCAACUAUGUAUGAGUGGUUCUCUAUGCAGCAAACCUUUGAUGGAAAUGACAUAGCCAUCGCUGUGGAUGUUAGUCGAUAUAGUAUGGUAGCAAGUGGCUUUUGGCCAUGGUCCUGGACAUCUAUCUCACAAGUCAGCAAGAACGUUUCUAGAUACAUCGAUGCUGAUUAGGUGAGAGGGUGAUGUGUCAGACAGAAUAUACUGGCAAGUAACAGGUUCGCCUUGACGGGAACCCGAACAGACUAGGUUUCUUCAUGGUCGAUUCGGUUGGGAAAAGAAGACAAUGUUUCUUGAGUGUCAUCAUUCGGAAAUGGGGGGAGAACAGCGAGCAAAUGUGACCUACCUGACGUGUGGAAGCUGGAAGCUGAUCGUUGUAAGUAGGUCGACAGUUCGUAGCUAGCAAACCUUUGCUCGUCACGAUGCUAGGAACGCGCUCCUUCCCGUAAAGCUUGAAUUGAAGCUCUUGGAACUUCGCGGGUUUGCACGAGUCAGGAAGGAGGGAGCGCGUUUCUGCCGUCGAUGAGAGUCAAGAUGUGAUGCCGAGAAGUGGUGCAGAAAAGGUUCUGACGUGCAGAGGAACAGUUUUUAUAGAUGAGGCUCAUGAGAGAAAAACUGG